AGAGUAAAGUUUGUUGAAUGUGUGGAACGCAUAUGCGUUCCAACAACGAUCCAGCUAACAACCUGCGGACCGGAAAUACAUCAUCAGGACGCGACCGGAAGUGAAAAAACGGCGCGAACCCGGAAACAACGAUUCUCCUGGACAGGUAUAAAUCCAUACUGCUUUAUGGACAUUACUAGCAACUGAGGAAGCCCAUGAUCUGGGCAAAACGCGUUUUGCAAUUUGUUUGGACUCUAUAUGCACUUAUCAUAGUGCUGUGUUAAGUUCUUACUUACUUUUAAAUAUUUGUAUUUUAUUAUUUACUUUUUUAUUAUCUACUAUUAAAAGAAUUUAGUCCCCAAUAUUCUAUUGGAGUGGACAUUUCUUUUAGCACCACUGGAAGAUCAUUUAUAUCCAGAAAGAUAUCCAGAAAGGGAGUGGGAUCCCUUUCAAUCAUCCCACAGGCACUCUUAUUGAGCCAUUACUUAUUGGCUCCUCCUUUGUGAGUACUAAAUCACAUAUUUAUUGUUUGCAUAUACUGUAUUGUACAUUAUUGCACUAGGUGCUUGUAUAUGAUUUUAUCUCCACAGUUACUCCAUUUACCUACAUGAUACCAUCUUUUACCCUGAAUUGCAUCAUUCCACCCAUUUGUAUGUAUAUGAUUCUAUGUUAUUUGUUGUGUGGAUAGAGAGGUUACCACACGGGUGUUUUUAGAGUGAUUUGGCAUAUAUUUGGGUCACACGUUGGAACUCUGUUCUUGUAUUUUUGAGAGAAAGGAAGUCCGUUUGUCCAAGCCGAGGUCUGAGAGAUGAGAAGGUAGAAAUCCGUUUACAAGCCGAGGUCUGAGAGAUGAGAAGGUAGAAAUCCGUUUACAAGCCGAGGUCUGAGAAGUGGAGCCGGUAGCAUUGAGUAGAGCAGCUGAUCUCACUGCCGCACCUGAGUGAAUAAUCCAGCACUUUGAAUCUGGCCCGGUCUUCCUAAGUAUCGUGGAAAGACCGCGUCAGAAAAAAGGGGCGGAGCUAAGCGCAGUGAACCCGGAAGUGGGUUCCGGCGGCAGCAUGAAUGUUAGGUAUACCUGACAAGUUGUGAUACAGGCAGGGCCAGAUUAAGAGCCCAGUGGGCCUGGUGCUGACAAUUAUAAAGGGGCCUAAGUACAGAAUCUUAUCGACCAAAAACACUAACACAGUCAUACCUCUCGAGCGUUAUGUAUCUGGUGGAGAUGUUGCCAGAGCGAAAUUACAUAGGAUGCAGCUAUAAGAAAACCCAGAUUCUCUUAAGAAAUGCUAAUAUCUCUCUAAUUCAUGCUUUCGUCUUUCACGUAAAUCCAUACCCCCUAACAGCAGUGUCCAGUGAAGCAGGAAGUCAAUGGGCAGUGUAAAAGGCUGGGCCACUGACAUGGAUCAUGUAACCAGAACUUCCGAAAGGGACGAACAUGCCCAAAAAGGAGGCAUGUCUGCCAAAAGAAUUGAAAGGCCAGCCUGCCAUAAAUGUAUGUCAGGUUGCCUGCCAAUCAUGCACACUGGCCAUCAGCAACCUGAGCUUGGCAUAAAUGUGUCUAAUGAGGCGCUCAUUCCAUGCUUUCUAAGGACUGUCCCUUAGCACUCACAUGUUCUCUUGUCUCCUUACCUUCUUACUAGCAGGCAGAAGCUCCUGGUAUACAGUCUGAGACAGAGAAAAGGUGUAUGUAGUGUGUGUAGCAGAAAGGGAACAUGCCACAGCAUUAGAGAGACCAAAGUCAGCAUUACCUUAACUUAUUUUAUUUCAGCUAGUCCACACAAUAUAGUUUGCAUAUAUCCCUCUUAAGUUUCCAUACUUAAGCAAGAGUAUGUGAAGAAUAGUUAGGGUUGCCACCUUGGAAAAAAAUACAGGCCUUACUGAUUUGCAUAACUAAUUAUGUAUGCAUGACAUCACAAGAUGUAAAUCAAAAGGAGGGACAUAAGAGAAAAUUCUGUGCUUUCCCAUACUCUUAUGCAUGUAUGCUUAUAUAUGUGAAUGUGCAUUUAUAUUUGUGUAUAUGAGUUCAUGUGCACGUGUUUGUGUGUAUGUAGAUCUAUAUGUGUUCAUGUAUUUAUGUGUAUGCAUAUACAUGUAUGUAUUUGGGAAUUCCACUAGAUCUGGGAAUUUUCUGGACACCACUGUAAUAUGUAACAAUUGCACAAUCCACAUCUCGGUUUACAGAAAACCCACAGACACAGAAAACUCACAGCUCCAGCUUCCACCUUUCCCAUACUAAACAGGGAAUCAUCUUCAGCCAAGCCAUUAGGUACCAUCGCAUAUGCUCUGAUCCUAAUGACCGUAAUUCCCAUCUAAAUGUACUCUCCCAGUCUAUGAGACAGAAAGGCUACAAACCAAAGACUAUUACCACACAAAUCAACUCUGCUGUAAAAACGCCACGCACGCGCCUGCUACAGUACAAAGAGAAAAAAUAUAUCUACACGAGUGACACUUGUGGUCACCUACAACCCAGCUCUUGA